AUGCCAAAGAAUUACCAGCACGUCCUGGCUCUUGUAUUUGCUGUAAUGGAGAUCAAUGAAAAUCCCGCAAACUUACCUAAUGUCAGUUUGGGCUUUCACAUCUUUGACAAUUACUACAGUUCACAGAUGACAUAUGAGGCCACUCUGCGCCUGCUUUCUACCCAGAACAAAUUUGUGCCUAACUACAAGUGUAACAUCCAGGACCAUUUGAUAGCUGUCAUUGGAGGACUUGAUUCUGAGACCUCCUGCUACAUGGCCACCGUAUUAAGCACUUACAGAAUUCCACAGAAUUCCAGUGCGGCUGAAGGUGAGGAGCCUGAGGAAGACUGCACUGGGGAAGAGAAACUGGAGAGCCUUCCAGGGCCUUUCUUUGAAAUGAGCAUGACUGGCCACAGCUACAAUGUCUACAAUUCUGCCCAUGCCAUUGCUCACGCUCUAUAUACGAUAGCCAAAAUUGGAAGAGUGGAUCCUCAGGCUCCUCCAGGCAAGGAGUUGAGCAUUCAAGAGGAAAGCAUUGUGUGGCAUAGAAGAUUUAAAGAGCUACCUGUCUCUAUGUGUAAUGAACACUGCAACCCAGGAUACAACAAGAAAAAGGAGGAAGGGAAGCCAUUUUGCUGUUAUACUUGUAUGCCAUGUCCAGAAGGGAAGAUAUCAUCACAGAAAGAUAUGGAUUACUGCACUGAAUGUUUGGAAGAUCACUAUGCAAACUUAGAGCAAAAUCAAUGCAUUUCCAAGAUUUUGCACUAUCUCUCCUAUGAAGAACCUUUAGGGAUGACUUUGGCUUUCUCAGCUGUUGGUUUGGCUUUGAUCACAGCUUUUAUACUUGUAACAUUUCUGAAGCACCAGGACACUCCCAUAGUCAAAGCCAACAACCGAAGCCUCACCUACGGUCUCCUCAUCAAUCUCUUUCUUUGCUUCCUUUGCUCCCUCUUGUUCAUUGGAAAACCAAGCACAACGACCUGCCUUCUCCGGCAAACAGCUUUUGGCAUUGUCUUCUCUCUGGCACUUUCCACUGUUUUGGCAAAAACCAUCACUGUAGUUCUCGCAUUUAUGGCUACCAAACCAGGAUCCAGGAUGCAGAAAUGGGUCGGGAAGAAGUUGGCAAAUGUCAUUGUGCUUUCCUGUUUCCUUAUUCAAGCAAGCAUUUGCUCCUUUUGGCUAUUUACUAUCCCCCCAUUCCGAGAUAAGGACAUGAACUCUUUGAGUGGGGAAAUCAUAAUAGAAUGCAAUGAGGGCUCAGCUACAAUGUUUUACUGUGUCCUGAGCUAUAUUGGCUUCCUGGCCAUUGUCAGCUUCAUUGUGGCUUUCCUUUCCAGGAAGCUUCCAGAUACUUUCAAUGAGGCCAAGUUUAUCACUUUCAGCAUGUUGCUGUUUUGUAGUGUUUGGCUGUCAUUUAUUCCAACCUACAUGAGCACCAAAGGAAAAUACACAGUGGCUGUGGAGAUCUUCUCCAUAUUAACCUCCAGUGCUGGGCUGCUAGGUUGCACUUUUUUCCCUAAAUGCCAUAUCAUUCUAUUUAAGCCCAACCUGAACAAGAGGGAGCAGCUAAUGAGGAGAAAAAUAUAG